UUCAUUUUGCAUAGAAUUUCAGGAAGCACAAUUCUGUUGAGAUAAUAACCUAACUUUUUUAUCUAGGUUGAUCAAAAAGCAUGGAUUUUGUGCUCAGUAUUGUUUUGCCUCUGUUUGCUCUCUCCAUUGGGCAGCUCAUAAGUGUCAGCAAUGGACAGAUAGUCGAGAGGCUAUAUUCUGGCAAGAUUGAAGUGAGUAAUGGACAGCUCUGGGGCUCAUGGGGACAUCGAGAAAUGUGUCCCUUCGGGACCUAUGCUACAGGCUUUAGUCUGAAAGUUGAACGAGCAAUAGGAGAUGGGGGCCCCACCCUAAAUGGAAUUGCCCUUCGCUGCACUAAACCCAUUGGCUCCACACGUGAGCUUCAGCCCUAUUCUACAGUCCAAUCUGAUGUAGGAAGCUGGGGUUCUUGGACACAGAACAUGUGGUGCACAAGCGGAGUGUUGCAGGCAUUUCAGCUGCGUGUAGAAUCCGUUCAAGGACGAGGUGAUGAUACCGCCGCUAACAACAUAAGGUUCAUAUGCACUGAAACGGAAAUGCUGACCGGCAAUGGCAUGUCCUGGGGAGAAUGGGGUGGAUGGAGUGAUAUGUGUGUUGGAACAGGGAUUUGUGGAAUCCAAACGAAAGUGGAGUUGCCACAGGGCUCAGGAGACGACACAGCUCUUAAUGACGUCCGCUUUUAUUGUUGCAGCUAAGGGUUUCUGUGCGAGGAGCGUGCUCAGUUUGAUUUUGCCAUCCAUCGACGCUGUAAGGCAGGUUCCACAGUCCAAAGCUGAACACCAGUCCACCGUUACCACCGGAGCUUUAUGCCCUCCCAAAGACAACACACUCUCCAGACCUGCGUCUCCCUUUUUCAGCUUAAAACACAAAAAUGCAGAAUUAUGUCAAAUAUUAGGAAAUCACUAUAUUAAAAUAUCCAUUAUAACAUGUAGGGUGUAUAACAUUUAUUCUGAGAAUUGAAACUGUCUGAACAAACUGCUAACUUCAUACUUUUUAAAUUAUGAUGCAUAUUAUUUAUUAUAAGAACUGCAACUUUUGGCAACAAACAGGAUGAAGUAAAAUAACUUAACAAGUAAUAUUCAUUUUCAGGCAGAAAUACAUAAAGAUUGCUUUUCAACCAAAAACACAAGUAAAUUUAAGUGAACCUGUAGAUUGGGUUACAUUGAUCGUUUUCUACAUAAUGUCUAAAGCUGUCUACAACCUUUACAACAAAUUAGUAAAAAAACAAAAAAUAAUUCAUUUUCACUUUACUGCACUGAGAUAAUGCCGCUGAAAUGAAUGAAAUUGAAAACCAAGAAAUUAGCGUGUGAUAAAUAAGCUCUUAAAAUGUAAAUUAUUUGUUUAUACUCUAAAUAUAAAAAAUAAAUAAUAAUAUUAAUAUUAUUACUGGUAAUAGUAAUUAAUAAUAAUAAUAAUAAUAAUAAUAAUAAUAAUAAUAAUAACAACAACCUAAAAUUUACAAUCAAAAUUUAAAAUACAAAAUUAAAAAAAAAAAAGACCUUCAGUGCAAAAGUGUUGAGGAAAACAACCAGAGGACCGAUCAG